AUGCGAGCCUUCUCCAUUCUUUUCAUUGCCCUCUUCCUUAUCGGCUUCACUCUUGCCACCGAACCGACUAUGAUGAAGGAGGACGAUGUCCAUAAUUCGUUCGCACAAUGUCCGGGCACAUGUCCAACCUAUCCCCCUGAUUGCACAGCUUGUUGCAUUGGUCUUGGAGAGCCGAGUGGCGUCUGUCACGAAAGCAGUUGUGUUUGUGCG